ACCAAAUGACAUUUCGUUUUUUGUUUUGCAGAGUAUUAUUUUAUUCACACAAAAGAAGUAAAAGAUAUAAUAAAAAUAUUUAAAAUAUUAUUUUUGUCAAAAUUGCCAUCGCAAAAAAAGUGCGAGGUCUUUUUAAAAAAUGGAUGCUUGCUCUGCGGUUGAGAAAGAGUUAGAUCGUGUAGUUACAAAAUUUACUGGAAUACGUGAUCACGCAAUCAAAGUUUUCGAUUUAGCUUUUUCUGAUGUUGAAAAUAUUAGGCAAAUUUUUUUGGACGAUCCCGAAGCAAAAUUAACUGAAAACCAAGUAGAAAUUAUCAAAACUGUCUUAAAUCGUACUAAGUCCAAAUUACAAGGAAUAUCUUCAGAUCAUCGAGAACUACACGGUACUGUAAGCAAAGUUGGAAAAGUCAUUGACAGAAACUUCGUAUCAGACUUUUCUGCUACAACACGUACAGACUUUUUGCAAGAUAAAAGUAACGUGGAACUUUUAAACAAAAUAAUAGCCCAGCAUUAUUAUCGACAAGGAAUGGAUGAUGUAGCUCAAGAACUAUUAUCAGAAUCUGAACUUCCACAAAGUAUAUCGCAAGAAAUUUUCGAAUCUGAAAGAAGUUACGCAACAAUAUAUAAAAUAUGGGAAGCAAUUUUAGCACGAAAUUUAGAACCGGCAUUAGAUUGGGUUUCGCAGUAUUCAAAUGAACUUAAAUCAAAGAAUAGUUCUCUAGAAUUUAAACUACAUAGACUUGUUUUUAUGCAAAUAUUGUCACGCGGUGUAGAAGCACAGGGUGAAGCUAUUUCUUAUGCUAGGAAAAAUUUUUCGAAUUUAAUAGAUCGUUUUGAAAAGGAAAUACAAAACUUAAUGGGAACCUUAAUAUAUUUACCUGUUGGGAUUGAAAAUUCUCCAUAUAAGCACUUAACGUCACAAGAUAUGUGGACUGAAGCAUCUUAUAUAUUUCUCAAAGAUGCUUGUAAUACACAUGGUAUUAACAAGGAUUCUCCUUUAUCCAUUGUAGUCAAUGCAGGAUGUACAGCCUUACCGGCUUUGCUAAGCAUAAAGCAAGUAAUGCUUUCGAGAAAAGUUUUAGGCGUAUGGAAACAGCGAGAUGAGCUUCCAAUCGAUAUUGAGCUGGAUGCCGAAUAUAGAUAUCACUCAAUUUUUGCUUGUCCAAUUUUGAGACAACAAACGUUUGAAGACAAUCCACCGAUGAAAUUAGCAUGUGGUCAUGUAAUUUCAAGAAAUGCGUGGUCUCAGUUAAGUCAUGGACCAAUGUUGAAAUGCCCUUAUUGCCCAUUAGAACAAAGUCCGGAUGAAGCUAAGUACAUUUAUUUCUAAAAAUUUUGUAAAUUUCAAAACAAGUUUCUAAUAAAUGUAUUAGAGAGGUUAAAAUUUAACAUGUAAAGUAUUUAAUAAGUAUGUAUGUAAUUUAAAAAAUAUUAAACUUCUAUGUAUAAAUUGUACGAAAAUUAAAAAUAUUUACAGUAAAGCGAUUCCAAUUUA